AUGAAUAUAUUUACCAGAUGUGUAUUUUUGUAUUCAUUCAUCAUAGUAUUUGUAAUUUGCACAAAUGAUAAUAACCAAUCCAAUAACACCGAUGAAGGGGGGGGGAAGGACAAACCAGGGAAGGGUGGCUUCGACUUAAGCCAACUGGGGAACAUUUUGAAUUCCCUCAACGGGAAAGGAGGUAAAGGUGGAAAUGCAAAUAAUAGUAGCGGCCACCUUGACAUGUUAAAUAAUCUUUUAAACCAGAAGGGCUCAUCAGGAGGAGGCCAGGAAAAUCUUAUGAACCUUCUUAAUACCGCCACUAAUAAGGGAGGCGGAAAUGCAAAUUCGAAUAAUUUAGAUAUGGGCAAAAUGAUGGACAUGCUGAAACAGUUGGGUGGAGCCGCGAACAGUGGUGCGCCGGAGUCUGGCCAGGGCGCUGGAAAGGGCGCCGGCGCAGAUGGACAGAAAGGUAACCCUAUGGAAUCUCUUGGAAAUUUGCUAAACAUGAUGAAUGGAGGUGGAAGCAAGGGAGGCGAUGGGAAGGGAGGCAACCCGAUGGAGCAUCUAACCAGUUUGUUGAGCAAUCUGGGAGGGAGCAAAGCUACUGACGGGAAGGGAGGCAAUCCGAUAGAGCACCUAACCAGCUUGUUGGGCAAUUUGGGAGGGAAUAAGGGUGCCGAUGGGAAGGGCGGAAACGCACUGGAAAAUAUAACCAGCUUGUUGGGGAAUCUAGGAGGGAAGAAGGAAGCUGAUGGGAAGGGUGGUAACCCAUUAGAGCACUUAACCAGUAUGUUGAGCAAUCUGGGAGGGAAUAAGGGUACCGAUGGGAAGGGAGGCAAUCCACUCGAGCACCUAACCAGCCUUCUGGGCAACCUCGGCGGGAAUAAGGGCGCCGAUGGGAAAGGAGGCGAGGCGAGCAACAAAUUGAUGAGCGACAUCCAAUCUCUCUUGGGAAACUUCCUCAACGCAGAGAAGAACAGAAACGCUCCUUUCGCAUUAGACAAAAGUGUAAUGGAUGGGUCUGCAAACAGAAGAUCCAUCACGUUAGAGUCCAAUCAGAGUCAAAGGGAUCUUCUGAGAGAAUUGCAAAAUUUGAUAAACAAGAGUAAGGGGACGAGUGUCACUGGAAGUAGCAAAGAGUUGGAAGAGAAGAAUUCAAAGCUGAAGAGUUUUUUCGACUCACUGAAGGAGAAGUACAAUCCGUAUUCCUACGAGAGGAAAAUCCUAAAUGACAUAACCAGUGAGGAGGACAUUAAGCAUAAGUACAACAUUGACGAUGAGUUUGAAAAACACAUAUAUGUCAGUGCAAAUGACACCAGUGCUGAUUACGAAGAAAUGAGUGAUAAGGAGAAAGAGAAGAAGACAGAGAUGUUCGCUGAUGUGAACGAGCUGGAUGACAAAGAAUCUGUCGAAAGUGGAUCGAUCAAUAGCCACCUUUUAAGAAAGGACAAAUUAGAAAAUGAGAAACUUCUCCGCGGGUUAAUCGCAGGGGAGAGUGAUAAUCUUCAUGAAUGUAACUGCCUGUCUAGUAAGGCAAAGAAUUGUAUUCUGUCCUAUAUCAAUUAUAACAAUCUGGAGUAUAUGCUGGACAGCCUCAACAUAGAUGUGAAGACAAUGGUAAAGCAAUACAGAGCUUCUCAUUCUCGUAAAGAUGUUGAUUUUGCCUAUGCCAAGUCAGAAUCGUUUCUCGUUCCCUUACCCCCCUUGAAUGCGAAGUCGGAUGUGAGGGAUACAUCCAAGUAUGUAUUGAGAGUUCCCCGUGUUCUGUUCCUUUCAACGAAGAAGGCCUUCUCCAGCUCUAUGGACAGAUACUUCUUCAAUUUGUACGACAUUAUGGAGAGUCAGCUGAAAUGGAAUACCUACAUCUGGGGCUACGGGUUUAAGUACUACCCCCUAUUUUUUACGAAGAAUCUACACGCGCUGCUGCAUAACUAUGACAAGCAGAUAGGAAGGGAGCCAUUUGACAUAAUUUUUGUCCACAGCAGCUUUGUAUCAAAGUACUAUAAUCAUUAUUUUUUUCUGAAGAGUAUGCCCAGAAUGACUACCCUGAUAUUUAUGAAUGAUGGAUGGGAUAGCAACGUGAAGAAUGCCUACUUGAAUUUGUUUCCUCACAUAUUUUUUCAAAACCAGGUGAACAUAUUUGAGUACAACCCGCUAAACAGUAUUGACUCCGGGUCGGAGAAAAGGAAGCUCGUCAACAGCCUAUGGAACAAGGUCUCCAUUAGUGACUCCAAUGAGGUGAUAGCGAAUAAGCAUAAGAAGAAGGGGAAGAAGAGAGGAGGUAAUGGGAUGGGUGGAGAUGAGGAGGAGGAUCAGCAGAAGAAGACGCAGCAGAAGAAGACGAAUGAUCUGAGUGCAUCCAGUGCCAAUGGGGGGGAGGAUUCCCAUCAGGAGGAUGAACACGACGAUGAUGAAAACAAAACCCUCUGGGCAUUCCUACCCCACGGGGUGAAUCCCUGCUGCGUGGAGAAGUUUGAAAAUAUCUUCGACGUGAAGGAGAACGAUCCGAACGACAUCUCGAAGAAAGUGGUGGUCAGUCCGACCUUUUACCAUGACAUUGCCAGGAAGAUGAAGAAGAAGAAAAACAGCCCCAAAUUGGAGCUCUCCUAUUCCCUUCUUGACUUGUUCCUCCCAGCAUGCACCUAUAAGGAUACCGCGCCGAGCUUUCUGAGCAAUAGGCACAGAGACAUCGACAUACUUUACCUGUGCAACACGACCUCCAGCAAUUACAAUGACUUCCUAAUUCAGAAGAUCAUGGAUUACAUCUACAACAAAGACGUAAGUAGUCUCAAACAUCGAAUAAAGAAAUACGACUUCGAUUUGUAUUACUGGAAAGUGUGGGGCAUGCAAACGACACAUAAACUAAUAAAGAACAAGCUAAAGGAGUACCAUCAAAUGCUGAGAAGGAGCAAAGUGUGUAUAAUCAGCUCCAAGUUUGCUGGCAUGCUGAACAGGAUGGUGAUUGACGCUCUUUUCAAUGGUUGUGUUGUCAUUACGGAUAAGAGUCACAAUAAGGAUAUUAACAAGUACCUCGUUACGACGCGGAUAUCCUAUGAGUAUUACGAAAUAAGUGACCUGAUCUACAACAAGGACAAUAUGAAUAGCCUUUCUAAAGACAUGGUAGACAAGAUUAAUGUCACUUUGGAGGAGGUAAAUAGUGGCAAGAAGGAUCUCCUCAAAUUGGAGGCCUUUAAAACGGUUAUGAAUACGUAUACCUACCAAGGGGCUAUCCUCAACUGGAUCCUCCCCACGAUGUAUUUUCACUACAAUAAGGAGAAGUACGAGCUUGUAAAUAACUACUUCGUUUUGCCGCAAUACUUUGAGGACGUCAUAUCGAAGAGCCUCAAAACGACCAGUGCGAAGCGGGAGAAAAUCAUCGCCAAUAUUGACCUGUCCCUCCAGGAGGACCUCAUAAUGAAUAACAAUGAAGUGGCGACCUGGUGCAUAAUCUGGAUCCUUAUUUUCGCCGUCAUCAUGUUUUACCUCCUGCGCAACAGCAACCUGCUCAGCGCCCUGUUCAAGCAGCGGAAGCUGCACCUGUGA